AACUCUCUACUAACCUCUGCCACUGGGCACUGGCACUGCACUGGCGCAAAUUAAGAGUAGUUAGCAGACGAAAAAUCCUAUCCUGUUUUCUCUCCUGUACUCUUAUCUCCAUAGGAUUUAGCAAAUUUUAUUCCACUUUUUAUUUUUAUUUUAAUUGAUGUCUAGGUGCCAGGAUGACCCUCAUGUCGACGCGACGUCUACAAGGGAGCCCACCAUUUAAACAUAAAAUAUGCUGAAAAAUACUUUUGACUUCCUGUAGAUGAUGUCCUGGUGUCAGGAUAACCCCCAAUUUGACGCAACAUCGUCUGCAAGGAAGAGCACCACUUAAACAUAAAAUAUACGGAAAACAACUUCUAACUUUAUGGAGGGCGUUCAGAUGACCCCCGGGUCAACGCGACAUCAUCUAAAGAGAAGAGCGUCACUUAAACAUGAAGUAUACCAAAACAUACUUUCGAAUUCAUGUAGACAACGUCCAGGUGUCAGGAUGCCCCCCGGGUCGACACCAUCAUCUAAAAAGAAGAGCGUCACUUAAACAUCAAGGGGCGCAGUAGCGUGUGGCGAGUGGUGAUCUUGUGGAUUUAUUCAAAAUAUUUAUGGAGUCCAUGAAUAGAAAGAUGUUUUAUUUGUCUCCAAUACUACGUUUUUUGCUUAUAAGAAAUCAAAGUUUUUAUAAGCCCUUGAAUCAUUUUAAUUCUACCGGCGUCAUUCCUAUUUCGAGCAAAAAAUUUUACAGUAAUUUUACAAAUAUAUCAAAGUGGUUUGAAAAACCUUCAAAGAAAUAUAAACUUGGAUUCAGUGGUGCUGUUCUUUACGAAAACGUUGCAGAUAAACUUGAUUAUAAUUUUUUUUUUAAUGGCUGACUAAUCUUACACAAGAGUUUUGUACACGACUAGUUUGUCGAAAUGAGUGAAAAAGCUGACUUGGAAAAUAGGGUUAAAAAUAACAGUUGAAACUCUAUUGUUUAAGUAAAGACCGCAGCAACGUUUCUGCAACAACGAUGUAUUCUUCUUAAGGUGUGUUUGCUUAUGCGUGUUAGAAACAAAUCUAUAAAAAGAUGUCAGAACCUGACUCGAAUUACAGAAAAUUAUUAGAGUUCAAGAUGGAUGAUACUCUUUUUUCAUGGUUUCUUGUUACGGAAUUACACGUAUGGAUAUUAAUGUUGCGGACAAUGCAAGAAGGCGAAGAUGGUCAAAGACUUAGAAAUUAUAUAGUUGAAGCCAUGUGGAAUGAUGUCAAUGUCCGAGCAAAAAAACUAGCGAAUAUGAAAUCAUCAUUAUUUAAAAAACAAAUAGAAUUAUUGUCGGAGCAGUUUAAUGCAUCUAUUAUUGGAUAUGAUGAAGCGGUUCUAUCUAGUGAUUUACAUCUUGCUGGGCAUCUUUGGCGCCGAUUUUUCAAAUGUGAAAAUAUUGAUCCUGAAAAUUUAGAAAAGCUUGUUUACUACAUUAGGCAUCAGGUGAAUAGUUUAGGUAGCACCAGCUCAACAGUAAUAUUUUCUGCUUCUCCGAACAUUCAAUGGAAAUAUGUGUAGUAGUAUUAAAAUUAAAAAUUAAAUUAAAAUAUUUUAAUAAAUCUGUAAAAAAUUAAAA